GGGAGUUCGGUGGGAAAGGAGAGAUAGAAAGUCUGAGGGAGAGGGAAAGAAAAUGUGAGAGAGAGAGACUGUGACAGGGGUGUGAGAGAGAAAGAGUGAGACUAAGUGAGAAGAGAGGAAGGGGGCAGUGAAAGGGUGAGAUUAGGGGAGAGAGAGAAAGAGGGAGCGACGGUGCAGGAGGGAGAGAGAUAGAAAGGGAGACGGAGACGGGGAAAGACAGUGUACAGGGGAGAGAGCAUGCAGAGUGACCGAGAGGACUAGAAGAGUUAGUGAGGGUAUCAGAGACCCACGGAGGACAGAUACGGACUGUCAAACAGGUGAGAGGGCGACGGAGAGCAGGAGGGGAGAAAGGAGAGAGAGAGAGGAGGGAGCGGAGAUGCGCUGGUGGGCACUGGUCGUGCCUCUGUUGGGGCUCUUCUCCCUGACUUGCGCCGGGACCCAGCGACGCCUUACCCCACGGAGCGACGCCACUGUCCCUCGCCCCACGCGGAAGCUCGCAGAAGCCAGCGGGGCAGUGCGGACACUUCACCGUGGGACCCCAGCCGGCUGGGCCUGCGCCGUUGGCAGCAUCCUCCUGUACCCAGGGGCCAUCUGGACGCCAGAGCCAUGCCUUGUCUGCGCCUGCCAGACGGGAGGGACAGCCGUCUGCGAGCCGAUCGAGUGCCUGGAGGUCAGCUGCGCGGGUGCCCGCAUCCCGCCGGGGAAGUGUUGUCCCGUCUGUCCAGUGAGCGGUGAACCAGCUCCAGGCAAAUCCCGGACCACUGGUGUGGACUCCACAGACAGACGCGGCGGGAACAGGGGCCGGAAGCUGACCGGAUGGGGAGGACGCGGCGGUGUUUCAGCCCCGCAGGGAGAGGGGGAGGGACGGCCGACCAAGGGGGGUCAAGCGGGGGUGAGCGGGGGAUCUCGGGGGGCGGGUGGGCUGCUCCCCGUCCUGGAGAGAGCUGGGCUGAGGGAGUCCGGGGUUGGCCUGCGGGAAGGGAGAGUGGGCACCAAGGGGAGAGAGGCAGGUACCAGGAAGGAGGCAGCAGUUGUUGGGAAAGAGGAAGCAGGCAUCAAGAAACAGGAAGUGGGCGUCAAGAAGCAGGAAGUGGCCAUCAAGAAACAGGAAGUGGGUGUCAAGAAACAGGAAGUGGCCAUCAAGAAACAGGAAGUGGGCAUCAAGAAGCAGGAAGUGGCCAUCAAGAAACAGGAAGUGGGCGUCAAGAAGCAGGAAGUGGGCGUCAAGAAGCAGGAAGUGGCCAUCAAGAAACAGGAAGUGGGCAUCAAGAAACAGGAAGUGGGCGUGAAGAAGCAGGUACUGGGCAUCAAGAAACUGGUACCUGGCAUCAGCAAACAGGCACUGAGUGUCAAGAAACAUGAAGCAGGUGUAAAGAAACUCAAAGUGGGUGUUAGGAAGGGGAAGGAGGGUGCUAGAAAUGAGGAAGUGGGUGUGAAGGAACAGGAAGUGGGCACUAGGAAGGAGGAACCAGGCACCAAGAAACAGGAAGCGGUCAUCCAGCCGGGGAGGAUCUCCAAAAAGCCACAAGCAGAUCUCAAGAAGUCAGUUCUGGGGCUCACAAAUCCGGACCCAGGCCACCAAAGCCCAGAGGUCGGGCGGAAGAGAGGUGGGAGUGGACACAGGAAGAUGGAAGUGGGGCUGGGGAAAGAG